ACAUGGAUUAUUUAAAUCUUACUUGUCUUCACUUGUCAGUUAUAAACUUUGAAACCGUACCUACCAGUCAAAAACAUUUUUAGUUGCAUUCAUCACUUCACAUCCAUGGCCUUGCAUGCAUGCCGGUAAGAAACCAUUCAAGAACUUCCACUCAAAUUACUCACAGUUGAAAGUUAGGUUAGAUCAGUAGCUCUUUGGGGGGCGGGGGGUUGUGCUAUGAAUAUUGGCUUUCCAUGAAUUCAAUAUAUUCAUCCAUCCUCUAGUAUUUUGGUCCAUCUGAUCAUCUAAAACCUUUAGAGUUAAGCAAACGUGAGUAUUAUAUUCAGCUGCAAAAAGUUUUAGGGAUUAUGAAGCAAAUGAAGUUGGAACCUGACACUGUAGUUGAUAAGCCUAAAGCAACCCCGCCGCCUCCGCCGCCACUUCCACGAUUCUGGGCAAGGAAGACUAGUGCAGACAGUGUAACAAACCGAGAGAUUGCUAAGUUCUGGAGGCAGAAGCAUGCCGAGGAAGAGGAUCACCUCCUAGCUGCCAUCAAAGCUGCAGCACGCAAAAGGGCAUGCAAUCUUUCGGAGGAAGACUACAAAUGUUUCAUGGAGUCACUAAGUGAUGAAGAUUAUGAAACUAAGCAGAAUAUCACAGCCCCAACUAAUCACAGCAAUGUCAAUGGAAAGAACAAUGAAAUUCGUGUGGGAAUAAAGGACUGGUGGACAAAGAGCAAGUAUGCAUACCUAAACCAACCAGCCAUUGAGUCUACAUACAAACCAAGGCGACGAGCAUCCACUUAUAUACCAAACUUUCUCAAUUAUAAACCUGCUCCUUUAUAUCCUACAUCACUUGGUGUCUUUUAGACCACUGAGAUCGAGGAGCUUUUUCAACUUCCAAUUGAUUGCAUUACCUCCAUAUCAGGGCAAUAUAUUGAUAUGCAUUUACUUUAAAGUGUCAUAGAAACCUCUGUUCAUUCAUUUCAGUUUGGUUGCAAAUAAGUGUGGUUAGUAUCACUCUAAUCUGUCAUGAAAAGUUUCAUUGUAGAUCUAACAGUUUGGCUAUCCAUAUAAUAUUAUGAAUUUGAUCA